UAUCGCGAGACAGUGCGGAGGAAGCUGCUACCGCGUGUGUUUGUGUAACAUGUCAGGAAAUCCAUCCAAUGCCCUUUAAUGCAAUGACAGAACUGCGUCCAUGGCGGGACAUCUGAAGAAGCAGUUAAAAGACGCCGUGAAGAUCAUCGGCUCAGGUAGCCUUCUGUUUGCCUCCUACCUCACUGCGGUCGGAGAUGAGCGUUUCUACACCAAUCAGCUGAUGCCCCUGCUGCAGAGGAUUGUGGGAGCAGAGACAGCGCAUGUGUUGGCAGUGAAGAUGAUUGGUCUGGGUCUGGUUCCUCUCAACCGCUACCAGGACCCUGCAUCAUUGGAAAUGAACGUCCUGGGAUUAAAGUUUAGAAACCCGAUUGGGAUUGCGGCGGGCUUCGACAAGCACGGAGAGGCCGUAGACGGGUUGUACAAAGUGGGUUUUGGCUUCGUUGAAGUGGGCACAAUCACUCCCAAACCUCAGGAGGGGAACCCCCAACCACGUGUGUUUCGACUCCCUACAGAUCAUGCAAUUAUUAACAGAUAUGGAUUCAACAGCUGUGGUUUGGCAGCAGCUCAACAGAGGCUCGAGGCCAGGAGAGACACACAGCAGCAGCAAAGUGAAGCUGGCCUUCCCCUGGGCAUCAACCUGGGGAAGAACAAGUUGUCCCAGGACGCAGGGGCAGAUUACUUGGAGGGGGUGAGAGUUCUGGGCCCGCUGGCUGACUACCUGGUGGUCAACGUCAGCAGCCCGAAUACGCCAGGUCUCCGGGAUCUACAGGGGAAGGCUGCGCUCCGCCAGCUCCUACAUAAGGUGUUGAAGGAGCGUGAUGCCCUGCAGGGGGAACGCAAACUCCCGGUCCUGGUAAAGAUCGCUCCUGACCUCACUUCUCAGGACAAACGAGACAUUGCUGAUGUCGUCACUGAGCUGGGAGUGGAUGGUUUAAUGGUGUCUAACACCACAUUGUCCCGACCGGAAACACUUCAGGAUUCUAAUAAGUCUGAGGUCGGCGGUUUGAGUGGCCAGCCUCUCAAAGACCUCUCUACUAGCACUGUGCGAGAGAUGUACAACCUCACUAAAGGUAAAGUGCUCAUCGUUGGAGUUGGUGGUGUGGCCAGUGGGCAGGAUGCUAUGGAUAAGAUCCGUGCCGGUGCUUCACUGGUUCAGCUUUACACAGCGUUGACCUACCAGGGUCCGCCCGUAGUGACGAAGAUAAAGCGAGAAUUGGAACAGCUUCUUAAAGAACAAGGUUUCAGCAGUGUAUCGGAGGCCGUUGGAGCAGAUCACAGGGGAGCAGACACGUCGACUCAUAAGCAGAGCCUGCUGAAAGAGAUGGUGAAUGUUAAUGUAGACACGCAGCACCUGUAGCUGCCAUCUCCUCCAAUCAGGCCAGAUCAUCCUCAACUUUUCCUGAACUCUGAUGAAUCCUGAAUAAUUGCGAAUGUCCAGCCGUCUGCCUUGAUUUCAGGAUGAGUUAUGGUCCGAGCUUUGAUGUUGUAUUAAGAAGCUGAUGUGUGUUUGUAACAAUUUCAGACGUUCAUCCUUUGUUACAGUGUAACAGCAACAAGUGUUUGUCGAAUGCAUACUGACACCAAAGUGUAAACGAACUAACCUCACAAACGUAUGCAAACUAUUGUCUUGUGUAUAAGGAAAAUAAUCUGACAUGAUGUCAUUUGGAUAAAAUACCAAGUGCUUAGUUAUUCUCAGUUUUCGGAACAGUUUAAUACAGAGGUCCCAUCUAAGAAUGGACAAUUUGCUGAGUGCAAAAACUUCAUAAAGACAUAUUCAAGAUGAUAUUGCACAAAAAUAAGAGUCUCAUCACUGGCAACUGAGAGGCACUAGAUUUCCCUCAGAAAACUGUAUUUAAGUGAUAUUUGUUCCAGUGUGGGAGAUUCACAGCUGGAAUCAAACUACUAUUAUGGUGCUUUUCAGUGAAUUAUUUAAUGCUUCACAGAGGAAGAAUUGUAUAUGAAUUUCCUGUUCGCAAUCCUUGAGCUCUCAUGUGUAGAUUGUCCUGUGAGAUUAUCACUACAUUUUGCAUUUGGUCGAGCUGUCAGAACCGUCCUUUUCUUCCUGCAUCAAAAGAUCUUGAAUCUGGUGAAAGAAACGUGUUACCUUUUGGAGAGAUCCACAUUCUGCCAGUUUGAAAUAAUGUACUUGUACACUGUGCCGUCCUUUAGAUUUUAGCACCAUCAGUUUUGUUCCAGUGUGUCUGUGGAGGACAGCACGUGUUGAGGCGAAUGAAUCACACAGACUGGAAAAUGUGCUUUAAGGUACAACUAUAAUAAAAACAAGGUUACGUUG